UGAAUCAAUGCAAAGAAGAACACACGCUAGUGUACACAGAGAACGGCAUCAUGGCGGACGUGUUAGAUCUUCAUGAGGCGGGAGGCGAAGACUUUCCUAUGGAUGAGGAUGAGAGCAUCCACAAGCUGAAAGAGAAGGCCAAGAAGAGAAAAGGACGAGGCUUCGGCUUGGAGGAGGGAUCCAGGUCCAGAGCUAAAGAGGACUAUGACACUGUGGAGCAAGAUGGGGAUGAACCAGGUCCUCAGAGAUCGGUGGAGGGCUGGAUCCUGUUUGUGACUGGUGUGCAUGAGGAGGCAACAGAGGAGGACAUCCAUGACAAGUUUUCAGAGUUUGGAGAAAUUAAGAACCUGCAUCUUAACCUUGAUCGAAGAACAGGUUACCUGAAGGGCUACGCACUAGUGGAGUAUGAGACGUACAAAGAAGCGCAGGCAGCCAUGGAGGGCCUCAAUGGUCAGGACAUGAUGGGCCAGACGAUCAGUGUAGACUGGGCGUUUGUCAGAGGACCCCCGAAGAACAAGAGGAGGGGAGGUGGACGGAGACGCAGCAGAAGUCCAGACCGGAGACGACGUUGAGUGCUUGCAUGGAAGAGUGAAACCGCAUCACAAUUGAUUUAAAAAUAAAAAUCUUGGUAUUUUUUCCCUAAUAUUGUUUGAGCAACAGUUAGACCCAGCAUCUGGAGAUGCCAGAAGAAGCCAAUUUAUCUGCAUCAUCUGCAGCACAUUUAAGUCUCUUAGUGAAACUUUGGUCAUACAUGUUUAUAGUUUUCACGACUUCCUCAAAUGUUUGUGUUUGAAUUUCAUUGUGAUUGUUUUGUGCUUUUAUAACCUGGGGACAAAUAAAGUUUUAAAACAUAAA